UUCACGUCUUUCUAAUUUAGAAUUCAUUAUAAGUUGUGCCAAAAAGGGAGUUCGUAAAGGAGUAGUUUGGCUUUUUGGUUGAGUUAUUCCUUACAUUGUUCUUUUUACAACCAUAUCUAAUAUAUUAUAUAAUUCAUCUCCUAAACAUGUGUACUGGAAAAUCAUCACACACAAAAUCCUCACCCAAGUUUGGGAAAACAAGUCCAACUUCUUCUGUACUCUCCCUGGGUUCCAACAGUAAAAGAAUGACCAAAGUGGAACUCAAAGACAGAGCACAUGACAAAACCAAGGCCGCAGCUGCCAAGAAUGUUGCAAAGGCACCAGCAAAAGAGAACAAAAAGCCUCUUGAGUUCAAGCUUCACUCUGGCGAGAGAGCAGUGAAACGUGCCAUGUUCAACUAUUCGGUUGCAACUAACUACUAUAUCACGAAACUGCAAAAGAAACAAGAAGAGAAGUUGCAAAAGAUGAUAGAAGAGGAAGAGAUUCGUAUGCUAAGAAAGGAAAUGGUUCCAAAAGCUCAACUGAUGCCUUUCUUCGACCGACCUUUCCUUCCACAGAGAUCAAGCAGACCAUUGACGAUGCCAAAGGAACCAAGCUUUGGAAAUGUAAACAGUACUUGUUGGACAUGUGUCUUCAACAACCAACACUAUCUCUACCAUAUUCACCAUUCUCAUGCUUAAAUUUUGAGAGCCACUAGCUCAGUUAGAGGCUUUUGCUAUUUUCAAUCCAAAUCUUUCUUUUCCGGUUACCCUUUUUACUUUUGCACCUGGGCAAAUUUCUGUCUCUCAUCUUUUGCGUUUCUUAUUGUAAUUUUUCGUAGAGAUAAAUAAAUGAUCGAUUUCGACUAUUAUCAUGUGUAUGAUUGGUAUAUAUCUAUGCAAGAU